GUGUCAUGUGACUCGUUAGUGUUACAAGGUCUCAGGUGUGAAUGGGGAGCAGGUGUGUUAAAUUUGGUGUUAUUGCUCUCACUCAUACUGGUCACUGGAAGUUCAGCAUGGCACCUCAUGACAAAGAACUCUCUGAGGAUCCGAAAAAAAAGAAUUGUUGCUAUACAUAAAGAUGGCCUAGGCUAUAAGAAGAUUGUCAAGACCCUGAAACUGAGCUGCCAAGACCAUACAUCGGUUUAACAGGACAGGUUCCACUCAGAACAAGCCUCGCCAUGGUCACACACUGCAUCAAAUUGCAUGGUGGUGGGAGUGUCAUGGUCUGGGGCUGCAUGAGUGCUGCUGGCACUGGCGAGAUACAGUUCAUUGAGGGAACCUUGAAUGCCAACAUGUACUGUGACAUACUGAAGCAGAGCAUGAUCCCCUCCCAUCGGAGACUGGGCCGCAGGGCAGUAUUCCAACAU